UCAGGGAGGAUCGGGAAUAUCCCAGAACCCAGGAGGGCUUGGCCUGGGGGUCAGACCCAAGCAUUCAACUCCAAACCCAGUUCGCAGUGUUGCUGCUUUUCAGAUGCCCAGUGGGAUACCUGAGGACUUGAUCCAAAGUAGAAGUGGGAAAAGAAACCCAGGUGCCCUUCUGGCCCUGAGACCUCGGGCUGUUUGUCUUCUGCCUUCAGAUGCUGCUAGAAGCGCACAGGGUCUUUCUGGAUUGAUUUCAACUUCUCUUGGUCUCACGUGGCAACUUCUUACUGUUCCCUGCCACAGGUGUAGAAAACUCACAUUCUGCUUAGCUGUGGUCUCCCGGGGUCCGACAGACCCUCUGAGUCCUGCUCCUUUCUUCUUUUCUUCAGUCUGAAUGCCCCUGCCAAGCAUGACUGCCUCCCCGGCCCCCACCCCUUACUGGGAUGGCUCCCCUACAAUGGCCCUGCUGGUCCUGCCCCACCCUUGGGCUCCAGCUCAGCCACUGAAGCUGCAGCUCUCCGGUUACCCAGAGGGGAGGGAGGGCAGGCAGGCAGGCAUCUGGGUUGCAGGACCUCCAUGCCAUGGGCAGUGCAUGCCCAAGCUCUCCAUCUCACACUGAGACUGUGGCAGCGUGGGCUAUUUGUGCCGAGCCCUUUGUGUUUCAGAGAGGGACGUAGAAGACCUCACUGCCGGCCUGGCACUUCAUAGAGACUCAGGAAAAAGGGAUGAGCUGGCUCUAUUCCUGCAUCUCUUUUUGCUCGAUUUACCUGGCAGCUUCCAGACUGAAAGCUGUAGAGACGGCAGAUGGAAAAUACGCACAGAAGUUGUUUAAUGACCUUUUUGAAGAUUAUUCCAAUGCCCUCCGCCCAGUGGAGGAUACAGAUACAGUCCUGAAUGUGACGCUGCAGAUCACACUGUCUCAGAUCAAGGACAUGGAUGAAAGAAACCAAAUUCUGACCGCCUACCUAUGGAUUCGCCAAACCUGGCAUGACGCGUAUCUCACGUGGGAUCGAGACCAGUAUGAUGGAUUGGAUUCCAUCAGGAUUCCCAGCGAUCUCGUGUGGAGGCCAGACAUUGUCCUGUAUAACAAAGCCGAUGACGAGUCUUCAGAGCCUGUAAACACCAACGUGGUCCUGCGCUAUGAUGGGCUCAUCACCUGGGACUCACCCGCCAUCACCAAGAGCUCCUGCGUGGUAGAUGUCACCUACUUCCCCUUCGACAACCAGCAGUGCAACCUGACCUUCGGUUCCUGGACCUACAACGGCAACCAGGUGGACCUCUUUAACGCCCUGGACAGCGGGGAUCUCUCCGACUUUAUCGAAGAUGUCGAAUGGGAGGUCCAUGGUAUGCCCGCUGUCAAGAAUGUCAUCUCCUACGGCUGCUGCUCAGAGCCUUACCCGGAUGUGACCUUUACCCUCCUGCUAAAGAGGAGGUCCUCUUUCUACAUCGUCAACCUCCUCAUCCCCUGUGUCCUCAUCUCUUUCCUGGCACCCCUGAGUUUUUACCUGCCGGCAGCCUCGGGGGAGAAGGUCUCCUUGGGAGUGACCAUCCUAUUGGCCAUGACUGUAUUCCAGCUGAUGGUGGCUGAGAUCAUGCCGGCGUCCGAAAAUGUGCCUCUGAUUGGCAAGUACUACAUAGCCACCAUGGCCUUGAUCACGGCCUCCACCGCCUUGACCAUCAUGGUGAUGAACAUCCACUUCUGCGGGGCGGAGGCUCGGCCGGUGCCUCCCUGGGCCAGGGUGGUCAUCUUGAAAUACAUGUCCAGGAUCUUAUUUGUCUACGAUGUGGGUGAAAGCUGCCUUAGCCCGCACCAGGACAAGGAGCAGGGCCCCCACCUCACCAAGGUUUAUGACAAACUCCCAGAGUCUAAGCCGCAGACACUCAGGAACAAAGCCCUUUCCAGAAAGAAGGAAAUGAACAAACUCAUAACGAAUGACCUGGGGGGCCAGGCGCACAGCACCGUGGGUGCCGAUGGUGACUGUGUCCGGUACAAAUCCCUAACGAGGAAUAUCGAGUACAUCGCCAAGUGCCUCAAGGACCACAAGGCCACCAACUCCAAGGGCAGUGAGUGGAAGAAGGUUGCGAAAGUCAUCGAUCGUUUUUUCAUGUGGAUUUUUUUCAUUAUGGUAUUUGUGAUGACUAUUUUAAUCAUAGCGAGAGCAGAUUAGUGGCCAUUUGACAUGUGAGGACAUAUUCAUAAAUUACCUUGUGAUCUACUCCAAGCUUCUUCUAAGCCAGACUUUUGCUCAUAUAUAAUCCAGUGGUUAGAUUGUCUGUGAUUUUUAUUUUUAACUUCAAAUAAAUAUCAUAGCAGCUUGUCAGUUUCAAUUAAGCAGGAGAUCUAAAAUUUCAAGGGCAGAAAGAUGGAAGAAAAUAACAAAGUACAUCAUAUUGCUCUUUUAAGUUUAAAGCAAAAAUGAAAAAGGGAAACAAACUCAUUUUCUCCUUAGUCCCUAUUAAAAUAUCCUAUAAGAAAAGGAGAUUAGUCAUGUAUACCUUAAUGUGAUUUAAGGCAUGGUGGUGACUUCUCUAGGAAUGGUGCAGUUCAAAUCAGUUUUCAAAUGGCGGAAUAAAAGGCUUUGUCCCAGGUAAAUACAUUUUAAGAGUUAGAGGUGACAUGGGGAAAGAUAACUUUUCUUCAUAACAGUCACAUCUUACAUGUAGGUUGUAUUUUCUAUAACCCCUAAAGAUGUGGCCAUUCCUGCAAUGAGCGUUUGAGUAAAACAUGGUAGUCAGCAAGCUGGGCUCAUUGGCUUGUUUGUUCAGCUAGUCAUCAAAUGUUGUUUCUAAUGUAACGAAGUGAUAGAACACACAUUUACACUGGGUGUCAGCACAACUAGGGCACUGUCCUGCUCACUUGUAAUCUUUGUAACCCUUAGACAGGCAAGUAUGGCUGAUCUUGAGUUUCAGGUGGAAAGAGGAAAUGGGACUCAGCCCUCACUGUGACUCCACAUUGGACCAGGCCUGCUAAAGCCACACUGUUUUUGACCAUGAUAGAUUAUGAUUUAGGGUAGGAGAGACUGAGGAAUUUGUUUGCUUACUUUUCUAUCCUAAUUUAAUUCCUACAUGUCUCCAUUUCUUCCCUACUUCCAAAUGUGUGAUCAACCCCUCCCAUCCCUACCUUGAUUAAAAUAACCCAGUCUAUUCCCUAACUUCCAAUUCCGUAACUAUUUUUUCCAAUUAAAAACAGAGAAAAAAGAUUAAUUAAUUGAGGAAGGAGGGAAUGCUACUUAGAUUAGACAUAAUGGCAUUUAAAAAAAUGCUUGUGUUUAAUUAUUCAAAAAGUAUUUGUUAUGCAUCGUAUAGUUAAUGCUAAACCAGCCUUGGGAGGAACAGCUAUGAAGCUUGGUUUCUGCCCUCCAUCUUCAUGCUGCUCACGAUUCAGUGGAGACGAUGGUUAAGGUCAAGGACAAGUACAAAAUAGGGUGGAAAGAUUGACAGCCCAGAAUCAUGGACAAAGUGUCAUGGAAGUAAAGAUGAGGAGUCUUUAAGGGAAAGUUUAGUAAAGAUUUUGUACAGGACAUAAUAUUGGGAUGAAUUUUGAAGGAUAAGUAGGAGUUUUCCAGAGAAACAAAGAAAUAGGGUUUAGAUUAGAGGGCAUUAGGGAUAAGAGUGAGAGCAGAGCUUAGAAGAAUAAACACGUUGGGCUAGUCAUCAGUUAGACUGGUAAAAAAAUUGAGGAAACUUAAGGGGGGAUCAGACAACUUUAAUCAUAGAAGUGAUUUUUUCAGAAGUAAAUUUAUCAUAGUUGCAUAUGGUCGCACAAAACCAGAAAAUUGAUAUUUAUGUACUUUAAAUGGUUAUUUAUUCUUAAGAGCAAUGCUGUUGUAAUUUAUUCAAUUACUUUCCUCUUACCGGACAAGUGGUUUACUUUUUAUGUUCCAUGGUCUCCAAAGAGGACCAUGCUCUAAAGUCUUAGAACCUGUGAGUGUAAGUGACUUGACGAAUGCAAAGCACUCACCAACUGACAUGGAGACGGAGAGAGUUAUUUUGGGUUACCCAGGUGGGCCCAGAGUCAUCAUAAAGGGCCUUGUAUGUGGAAGAACAAGGCAGAAGACAGAACCAAGGAGAUGGCAUCAGGAGAAGGACUCUGUCACUGGGCAAAACAGAUGCUCUCACCCCACAUGGGUGGCAAGGAUUCAACCACCUGAACCAUCACCUGUCUGUCAAGAAGCUGCAGUUGGAAAUGGAGCAAGGACUCAAAACUCAAGCUCCACAAUAUGGAUGGUGGUUUUCCUAGGUGGCAGUUGACUACUAGGCUAAAUGACCAUCCCAGGAAUGUGUUUUUAAUUUAUUUUUCAGUUUGUGGAAAUACACAUUGAAGUUACUUCAUAAAAAGUGUAACAGUUAACCCCA